AGACGGUAUCGUCAGUUCCUAGCUAAUAGCAAGAGGUUCCCAGAUAUCCUUUAUGUUGCUUUCAGCGUGCAUUACCCAGCACGUUUCGCGUGUGGCCCGAAAGUAGAUACGUCUGCAUUUAAAUUAGCAACGCAUCGUACAUGUUUGCAUCAGGUGUGUAGGCUCGAUUAUUGUUGGUAAAUAAAGGCGGCAAACUCUCGACACUUGUACGUUGGUAUGUUGUUUUUGGUUUUGUUUCGAAGGUUUUUACAAUACACUGAACACCGGUAGUGAAUGUCCUAAUAAUGCUACUACGCAUCCAAGUUAACAAAUAUUUAGAAAACUGACUUACAGCCCGUUAUACGAAAUGUGUGCAUACUUUAGAAAAAAAUCCACCGUAGUAAGGGAAUUAGCAGGACAUUAACGCCUCUCGACCAGUGAGCUUACCAGCCGGAACUGUCCCGAAAUGGAUGUAUGGCUAAGAUACUCAUUUUAAUAACCCUUCUACCGGGUCGAGAAGUGUAUCGCAUAUACAGACAGGAUUCCUACUACAUUUUAAUGAAAGCAGCCAGCAACACGUAGUUCAGUAAUGUGUAAGAAUUUAGCAAACGUAAUGUAUGCUACUCCUCCUUCCCACCAACCGUAAACAGUGACAUUACAUUACAUCCUAACUUAAUAGACCUAACGGUAGUGUGCAUGUGGCUAACCAAGAAACUUUAGUGUGUUUCGGCUGCGUAGAGGAUACAUGUUCCGGCGGAAAGUAGUGCUCCCGGCGACUAGUAUCCCGCAAAGAAGGAUGGUACCUUUAACGUGACGAAUUAAAUAUACAGAGAUGUGUAUAGGCUGUUUGGGAAACAUUUAAAAUGUUGUUAAAAAUGGAUGUUCAUCAAUAUCAUCGUAUAUACACCGCGAUCGGGAACACAUAUGGUGCCUCCUUUUAGACUAUUAAAUCGAAACUAAUUCAGAAUUAGUUGAAAACGAAUUCCCCAUUGACGAUAUCAUCCCCCAUUAUGACAUACAUCGUAACAUCUUAUUUAUAAAAAGUUUCUUUCUUACACACCUUUCAAAUUACGUUCCCGUUAACUAACUGCAAUGUCUUAACAUAUAGGAAAACUCCCGCACCUCGCUGUCGAAUGCGGUGCUAAUGAAGCAAGACAGUCGUAUCAACAAACUUACCACUUGCGUUUACAUAUCACCCAGAUAUACACUGGAGAACAAUAUACUAGAAAGAUUCAAAUGCAAAACAAAAACAAUAAAAAAAAAACAAAAGAAGAUUAAUUCUGCAUUUUGCUAUGAAAAACUCCAGCAAAUUAAAAAGCUUUUUAUGACCAAAACAGUCUAUAUUUUUAAUAAUGUUUAGUAGUUUUCUUACGAAAAUAGAAAAAAAAACUUAUUUUCACAUAAAUCGAUCGAUAAUGAGUUUAUUAUGUUUGUUAAUGUUUUCCUUUCGGAGUGAAAUAAAAGAUGUGGAAAGUUAUUUCCCUAAAUGAUGUACUGGUUUAGCGAUCGCGUGGCAAACAGUGUUAGAAUAGAAAAUAGGAUAACAGUUUGUUAGAAAUGCGAAUCAAAACAUGCUAGGGGCAAGGUUUUGUUUAUCUUUAUUCAAAUGUAAGCUAGAAUUGUAGCAAAAUAGCGAAAUCAAUAAUGAAAUAAACAAUUUUCGUUCCUCGUAACCGCCAACACAUAAAUGUAAAAGUUGAUCUAAAAACAUACAUAAAUACCGCAUGCAGAUGUUAAGAUAAGCUCCCUCAGUAGUAUAACACAUAGGACAACAGUUGUUCUCCAAAUUAAAGCAAAAAUUCAAAAUAUACUAAACUACCGUGAAGGAUUAACUGCAACAAAUGAUAAAAUGUGAACACAUAUUAAAUGAACCAAACAGGACGGAAAUGAUAAUGACACUACAUACUAAUAAUAAUAAUAAAAAAAAACAAAUUAGUCCCCAUGCGAUGGCGAUCUUUCCACAAGACGAUCAAAAGUAAUGCGAAAAAAAACCACUCCUUUAGUAAGGGAUUUAGAAUGCUUGCAAACAAGAAGCGGUCCUAUACACCCGUAGUAUAACAUAAAGCGAUUUAUUGAACAAACAAAAAAACAACAAACUUGAUUGUUGGGGGAUUGAGAGGGUUGCGCAUGACGGGGAUGCGUUGUUUAGAGAUAAAAGAGAGUAAUCAUGGGGCAAAGGUACGUGAUGAUGUAUCGGGGGCUUUAAACCCGGGUUGAUGAUAUGAUGGGUAUGGUUAAUAGUGUUACCGAAUGUGUUUGUAUUGUUGUUUAGUUAUCAAAUGUACCGUUCGUUUUAUAUGCUUUCAUUAUUUUCCUUCCACCCUUAAAUUAAUUGUUUUGGAGAUAAGCGUGCAAACUGUCUUAGUACUUAAAGUUGGUUAUGCUUAUGUUGGUGUAAUGUUUUCACAUCUAUAGUCCCUCUCCUUGAACAUUUUGAACAAGCCAGACGCUAUGGUACGAUAGGAACCAAGAACGAGAGAUGAAACAAUUCAGAUGGACAAACACGGAAAAUUGAAAGAACCAGUUAUAUUUAGACAAACAGAUUAAAUGAUAUACACGUUUAGCGAUAUCGUAUACACACAGGUACAUAGAUAUGUAAUAACUACAGAUAUAUAAAAUGCGUAUACAGAUAAUAAAGGCUAUAAUAAACUAAACAAAGAAGGAAAUCUUCCCGCAACACCUUUUGACCUUAUCUAUAACGUUCGUGCUGCUAACGCAAGGUAAUCAUCAUUCGAUCGCAUCAUUAAAAUGAGACCAAACAACACCGCAACUUUACGCAAAACUGCUGAAAAACCACGUGGUUCUCCAUGUGCAGAUCGAUUAUUGCACGUGAUGAUUUAAUUGUAGAUAGCUAAAUUAAUUUGGGUCGGUCUGGUGCUACAGUCGUCAACUCGUACGACAACAUGCCCGUCAUGGGUUCAAACCCCGAAUGGAACUGAAAGCCAAGAAGCCUACUAGUGGUACAGCUAGGCCUUGACCGACAAUGGUUGUUGUGCCAAGGAAGAAGUUAGAAGAAGCUAAAUUUAUUCAACACUUUGCCAUUUGUAUUUUCCUUAUAAACCAAAAUUUGAACGAUCAAUUAGCUGAAAUGUUUGCCCCAAUGGCACCCAACAAUUUUAUUUUGUAACCAAAGCGUCCGGGAUUAGAAACAUCGUCCUGCCUCUAAUCUAGUACACUUUGCGGUGAAGUUAUUUUCCAACAUGGCGUUAUUGAUUUUUUUUCUUCUUUCUAGAAUCGAAGCAAUCUAGCAAAACUUACUUCUCGGAUCGUACAAUAGUUUCGAGAGCGCUCAUACCAAAAGUUGUUGUGCGAAAUUUUACGUUAAAAUUGUUUUAAUUUUGAAUGUGUGGUUUUUGUUUGUUUGUUUGUUUGUUAAACGUGACUUUAAAUCCUUGAAGUAAAGCAACGCGUAGUGCAUCGGAAGAAGGACGGCUCUUAAGAUAAACAGCUGAAUUAGCAUACCAUGUCAGAAAAUGGUUUCACACAAAUCUUAACGAGUGGUUGUCUCUACUCGGACACGGAUUCAAUGGCGGAUGGUGUUCGACGAUCACGUCGCCGCGCAUACCAACGACACGAAGAGGAGCACGAACCAACUUUAAUGGACGAGUCGAAGGAAUUCCCCCAGUAUGAGACAACAUCCGGGGGCGAUGUUCGACACAUGCUGGCUGAACGUGGAGGCGCCUGUAGACGAUUUGAAACAACCGUUACGUCCAAUGAUCGAGACUGGAAUGUGCUGGAUCGGUACAACGACGAGCAGGACGAUCGGCACGAUCGUGAACGGUGGCGGACGGGCCAACCGUUCAAGCACGAGAGAAAUAGAUACGGUUCAUCGCGAAGUCCGGGCGUACCCGCUGUCCAGUUAAAGGUUGCCCACCAGGAGCCGAUCUCCAUUCGCCCAAGGAAUAAGAAUCCGCAGAUCGUGAACGUUUGUCAAACGUUUCGCUUCCCAGACAACUUUAUCACCCAAAACAACGCCACUCGAAUGGUGCAGCAUCAGGAUCGGGUGGUACAUCAGCAGCAUCCCGCACCGGAACCGCGUCGACCGCCAUUACUAUCGCCAUGUCACAGUACCAGCCGCACACCGGUGGGUGGAUUUUUUAGCAUGUACAGACGCCACCGGAACAUGCACAGCCAGACAAGCCGAACGCUGAUCGAGCUAGUGGAGGCUGAGCAAAAGAUGCAGCAGCAGCAAACGGUCAGAUCAUCAAUGGGACCACGUGGCACGUCAAACUAUGGUGCGUCCUCGCACCGAUUGGCAGAAGAUUCUCUGCUGGCUUCUAGCAGUAGCGAAACAUCGUUGGACGAACUGAGCGAUGUCCGGCCGAGGUUGCUGCAGGGAGAACGAAAAGCAAAAAUACCGCCGAUGGUUCGGGAACAGCUGCGUGCAGCAAAUGGAGGCCGUACAUCGCAAGUUCCGUACUUUGACCGAACGAAGCGGAACCGAUCGUACACUAAGCUGGUUGAUGGUGGCGCUACGAUGGGUGGCCAUUACGGGCGAAGCACUAAACUACCGGCGUUGGGUGCAGGCGGCAAGUUCAGCAGAUAUCCCGCUAAAUCGAAGGCGGACAAUCGUAGACCGACACUCGAAGAGGACGCACUGGAAUCACCGUUUGUCGAUGAUACGUUCGCGCCAACCGGAGGUCGAAGUAGAAAGUUACAUCUGGUCGACGACGCUCUCGAUGACGAAGAAGGGUUAGAUGAGGUCGAUGAUGAAUCGGACGUCGAGUCCAGCGACGAACAGCAGAACAAUGACCGUGACGAGUGUAACGGACAGCUGGAUCUUGACGAUGAAAACGAAGAAGACAAUGAUGAGGAGUCAGUGGGCGAUUCCUUCGGGCGGAGACUAGGACAUGGAACGGAAGCCGUUCGUGCUGGUACCGGUACGAAAGAGGGGCCGGUCAGCAUUUCCGGAAUUGUGGAUAAGCUCCAGGACAACGUGUGGGAGGUUUGCCUGGAGGGCAUCUGGGACCUAAUGGAUACCGCCAGUCGGAUCGAUUGGAAGGCUCAGGAAAAGUACAUCACCGUCAUCAACCGGAAGUUGAUCGAGUUUCUGAAAUCUCCACGAACGGCACUGUGCCGUUCGGCGUGCCAGGUGUCGGGCGAAUUGUUUCGGCAGGCCAAGUCGACGAAACGGCCAGAGUUUGAUGAAAUGGUCGACAUACUGCUGUGCAAGACGGCCGACCCGAAUCGCUUCAUACAGAAGGAUGCAAACGUGGCGCUAGACAAGCUGGUGACGUACAUCCCAACGCCACACACCGUGCGGGCGAUAUCGAACCGGGGCACCAUUUAUCAAUCUCGCAAACCGUUGUCUUACUUUCAUCGUUCUUGCAGCCACCGCAAUCCACUGGUGCGUACGGCUACGGCCCGACUGCUCGUCUGUAUUUGCGUCGUGGCAGGACUCGAUGCCAUUCUGGGGACCACGGCAAACACACGAACGCGCAAAACCAUCCUUACGAUGUUGGCCAAGUUUUUAACGGAUAAAAAUCUGGAAACCAGGAAGUUUGGUGAACGGUUAUAUCGCAUGUUGCGCAAGCACAAGUUUUUUGACGAGUAUUUCUACAAGGAUAUGGAUAACAACUUGCGCACCAAUUUGAAGCGUGCCUUGAAAGGAGUGUAGUAGCGCGAAGGCAUUAACGUGUUGGUUGUUUACAACACUUCGAGUGUUUUAUGUUCAAACUGAAGCAUUAUCACGAUGUAUGUGGCGGAGGCGGCCAGAGUCUGUAAAUAAUAAGAGAAAAUAAAUACUGCCCCCAGGGGGAAUUUGGCCAUUGGUCCUGCUUACCGA